AUGAGUUCCACGGCACUCGGAAAAACGAAUAACCAUGAUUGUUAAAUCUUUAUUUGUUCUUAUAAUCUCUAUUGUUAUUGGUUAUGUUCUUUACAAAAAGCAGCUGAUAAAUGACAACGAAAUUGAACAAGAAAUCAUAGCAUCUUGGUCAGAAAGUAUUGUUUUGCCAAAGAAACAGUUCAGGAAGUUACUCGUAGGGAUAAACUCCAAUGUAGAUCUCAUUGUACCUGGUGUCGAGUUACUUUUAAAGUUAAACAUCACUCCUGGCAAUGAUUUCAACCAUGAUCAACUCUAUACACUGGACCAUCUGCAGGAGACCUUCUCUCAUUUCUUCAGGAAGGGUUCUGCAGCAGAAAGAGCAUUCAUGGAUGAUAAACUGUUCAGAAAAAUUGUGUCAGAGGCAGAAAAAUUAUCUAACCCCAAAUUUUACAUAGGUGGCAAUGCAGCGUUAAUUGGAAAUAAAAUUGCUCAAGUGUUCCCCAAAGUAGAACUCCAUUUAGUUGGCCCAGUAGGACCAAAGCUACAAGAACUGCUCCCAUCCUCCAUAACUGUUCCAAAGAUCAGCCACAUAGAGAAUGAUGAGGUUCACCUUAUCAUGGAAUACCAGGUAGAGGAAGUGUGGGGCUCCCACAGGGCUCCAGUGGCCACCCGAUUCAUUACAAGCUACGAUGAAUCAAACUCCAAGGCAACACUGAUAGAGGCCUUCUUCCAGUACAUCCAAAACUACCACCCAGACCUGAUCAUACUCUCAGGGCUUCAUCUGUUAGAGGGACAGCCAUCAGAGUUUUUCAGUCAGAAGCUUUCAUUGAUUCAAGCUGAACUGGCCAAAGUCCCAAAUGCUAUUCCUGUGCAUCUAGAGCUGGCAAGCAUGGUUAAUAAGAAGUUUGUCAAAGAGAUUGCUGACAAUAUUGUUUCAAAAGUUUCUUCCCUUGGUUUAAAUGAACAAGAACUUACUUUUUUGUCCCAUGCUGCGAAAGGCCCACAUAGUGAAUAUUUUGACACCAUUCAAGGCCAGCCAGAAAUUCAUAAAAUCAGUGAUAUUAUCUUAUGGGUUUUAAGAACUUAUGGUCAUUCAAAAGAGAACCCCUCUUACAAGUUAACAAGGGUUCAUUUCCAUUGUUUAACUUACCAUAUAAUUGGUAUCCACCCCUCGGCCUGGGGCAACAAUCCAUCUGCAGUGGGAGCUGGAACAAGAGUUGCAGGGAUCCAGGCCUGUGAUGUGGAGUCUCCAGAUCCGGAUCUAGUGACACUCAAAUUUCCCGAGAAAUUCAAACUGUUCAGUGGCGACAAAGAGAGAUCCCUGAAUGAAAGUAAACCUAUAAUAACCUGGAAAAAGGAAGGGUUCCAUUUUGCUCUAAGUCCAGUGUUAGUAUGCAAACAGCCCCUGAAGACUGUGGGCCUGGGAGACUCUAUAUCAGCCACAGGAUUAAUGUUCUCAGAAUUUGUGUCCAAUGUCAACAGCUGAUGUUCUUAUUGUGUAGACACAACUAAAAAUUAAGGGAUGUAGUGCUGCUUGUAUAAUUUAUGGUGAAAGUAAAAUGAGGGAUUAUUUAAAAAGGAUUUUUAAAAAGAAAUUAAUGAUGCAUUCAAAGGUGCUAUUACAUGUUGGAAGUUCAAUAAUUUUUUUUUUGGGGGGGGGGGGGGGUGGUCAUCCAAACUUAGACCAAUCCAAUUGUGUUGAUUUCCCAUCCAUAUUGUUAGUCAAGGUUUGACACCUGGAUUGAAUUGGUUUGAUUAAAUGGAAGUAACCUCUUGAAUAUUUAUAAGUAGUUGAAGUGAACUGUAUAUCCCAAGGUAUUAGGACCAAACUCUUGUUAAUUUUUUGCUUAAAAUUUAGCAAUCUUUAAAUGAUAGUGAUCAACUGAUGAAUGAUUGAAAUUGAGAGCCAUAGAAGAUGCCUUGAAGACUUUAAACAUAUUAGACUUAUUAUGAUAGAGAAGUAAAUUUAGUUCCAUAGUUCAUGUGAAUCAGUAAGCAUGUGUUGUUGGGUUACCAUAUAGUGGGAUUUUAGCUUGAAGUACAUGUAUUAGGUGAUAGCAAUUACAAAGCAUUUACCAAUUUACAGCUGUUACCUGUCUCUACAAUAAGAAGGUUUUUUAAGUACAUACAUUUGUUAGAAUGUGAAUUUUUUUUAAUUGGAAGUUAUCUGUAAGCAUUGAUGAUUUUGAAACCAAAGACAGCUGAAAUCUUUGGAAUGUUGCUAAGAUCUCAUGAGUUGUAUGACAUUAAGUUGUUGUAUGUGUAUUGUUUACCAUGUCAAGUAUUAAUGUACACUUGUAUUUCAUUGACUUUCAAACAGAACAAACGAAGGAUGCGUAGUUCAUUUUUGUGGUUCACUUUUGUUGAAAUGCUAUGCACAAUCUGUAAAUGUUUUUGGUUGUCGAUUUUUUUUAUGUACAAAAAUAUCAGGUACCUAUGUGUGUGUUGAAUAUAUAUCUCAAUUUACUUUAAGAUCUCCUUAUGAAAGUUCGAAAACAUUGAGUGUAUAUACAAAGAUGUGAGUGUGAGGACCAAUGUAUUUUCUCUCGGAUUUCCAUGAACAUGUAUUUGUAAUUGUUCAAAAACAUUGUACAUCCUAAAAAACACAGUUAAAGUGAAGUGUCAGGGACAAAGGAAUUUGAUUUGUCAUACACUAAUUUGUAUCUGAUCAGGUUUAUAUCAUUUGCAAUUUUGGACAAAAUGAAUGAAACUGAGUUCGCUCUAAGCGUAAACUCAUUAGUUAUAAGCAUGUUUGUUAUACGAGUACAUGUAAUUGUGUUUUACUAGAA